AGAUAAUAAUAAGAUCAUCAUCAUCACCAUGCAGCUUCUCCUCCCUACAUCUUCUUUCAAAACAAAAGCCACCGUCUUAAUUUCCGGCGUCCUUUCUUUUGCGGCGGCGGUGAGCUUCACCAUCCCAUCCGUUUCCCAUUUCGCGGCGUCUUGCUUCCCCAUCAUUUACGAUAACACCGUCUUCCUCCUUAAACCACCGUAUCUUUACCUAGUUAUCAACAUUAUCAUUCUCUCCAUCUUCGCUACGUCUAAACUCACACAUAAAUCAUCUUCCAGUACUGACGAUUCUGAUACGGUACUACCGUUACCUACUUAUAUCGACACUGGUUAUCUAAACGUGCCUCACGUCCUCGCUUCUGACUAUACCGGAGAGAAUGACGCGAUGGUAUCAGAUCAUGUCCACGAAGUCAUCGCUGAUGAUAAGGUGAUAGAAGAAGUUCAAGAGACAGAGACGGAGAAACCAAUAAUAACGAGUAACGGUUCACCAGAACCGGAGACGGAUAAACCAAAACCGGAAGAUGGUUCGCUGGAGAUUCCGGUUUUAAAGAACACGAGGAAACCACCUAGGUUCGGUCGGCAAAAGUCGUUUAAAGGUAGUCAAGAAGGAAAGAAGUCUGCGUUGGGAGUGACGAAGCCACCGAGGAGGCAGGACACACUUGAGACGACGUGGAAAAAGAUAACGGAAGGACGCUCGCCGCCGUUAGCGAAGCACUUCAAGAAAGCUGACACGUGGCAAGAAAGGUCGAAGGAGAAGAUAUUGACAAAGUCUGGGAGCUUAAAACGCGAGGCUUCACCGGGUCAGGAGGAGCUGAACCGGCGCGUGGAAGCGUUUAUCAAGAAGUUCAACGAAGAGAUGAGACUGCAAAGAUUAGAAUCUUUGGCUAAGUAUAACGAAAUGGUGGUAAAUGGAGGGACUCGUUUGUAAAUAAAUAUUCGUGUUUUUUCUUUUCUUAGCUGUCGGAGAAGAGGACGGCACCGGCACAGUCGCAAAUGCUGACUCUUUUUUUUUUUUUAGAACCACUAAAAUGGUUUUUAUUUUUGUCUUCAUGGGGAAGAUAAAAAUGUGUGUAUGAUUGUUGUAUUUAUAUGCAUUCAAAAAAUCACAUUAUUCAUGUGGUUUUAAAUGAAUGACAAUAUGUAAACAGAGACUAGACUACUAGUGAUUGAAUCCAUUGUUUGUCUGGUUUAUAAAGAUUUUACAUUCUAUAGACAAUAUUACUA